GCUGGAAGGCGCGGGUUGCUAGUUUGCAGCUUUGCUUGGCGAUUAUUGUGCUUUAAAAAUCUGCGGGGCCAUGCAGCGUCUUUCCGGUUGGGAUCCUGUGAGACUAGGCUGGCUUUUCAGUAAGUGCUAGGACUGCGUUGUGGAGGCAGCCGACGCCACGUGGGUUAGAAGGUGCCUGUGAGGGGCGUACCCUCUGCCAUGAAGAAGAUUUUUGGCUUCAGGAAUAAGGGCCCAUCGCCCUUAGGCCCCUCUGCACGCCCGCGGAGCAACUGCGUGGGCUUUGGACGUGAGAAUGCUAGUGGCUCCCACGUGCCCAGGUACCACAUUCACGACAAGGAUAUGGGCAAGAUCCACAAGGCUGCAAGCGUGGGUGACGUAGCCAAAGUGCAGCAUAUCCUUAUCCUUGGGAAAAGUGGUGUGAACGAUAGAGACAAGAAGGACAGGACUGCCCUACACCUUGCCUGUGCUUAUGGUCACCCAGAAGUGGUGACUCUCUUAGUAGAGAGGAAAUGUGAGAUAGAUGCCUGUGACAGCGAGAACAGCACAGCUCUCAUUAAGGCUGUACAGUGCCAGGAAGAAGAAUGCGCAGCUAUACUGCUGGACCACGGGGCUGAUCCGAACGUGACGGACAGCAGCGGCAACACUGCCCUCCACUACGCGGUCUACUGUGAGAGCACGUCCAUAGCAGCCAAACUGCUCGCACACGGCGCAAAUAUAGAAGCCAAAAACAAGGAUGACCUAACGCCUAUGUUACUGGCUGUAAAGGAAAAUAAACAGCAUAUUGUGGAAUUUCUAGUAAAGAAGAAAACAAGUAUUCACGCAGCUGAUCAGCUUGGAAGCAACAGGCAAAUAUUUGAAUAUGAUGGGAAGAGACCAAAAAAUUCUGAAAAUAGCAAUGCAGUGGAUAAUGUUUCUGAAGAUGGCUCUUUAACCAGGUCUUCUCACAUACCUGAUCCUGCCGACUCCUGGCCUACAUCAGAUGAGGAUGACUAUAACUUUGAUACCAAGAACGUUCCCAAAAUUAAUUUAACAGAGUUGUGGACAGCUGCCCAGCAGUCUAAGAAAAACCAAACAAAAUGCGGCUUUGAGGAACCAGACAGUAGAGCCCUGUCUGACGAUAGCCAUUCCGCUAGUGAAAACGAAGAUGCCCCUGGGAUUGAGCCUGAAUCACCAGCCAGAGUCCAGAUCCUCUCCCCGUCCCGUCAGUCACCCGACCCUGUGGAAGGAGCAGCUGAGCCUGCAAUUGAAGGAGAAGAAAACGGAACGGAUAUCAUUGAGAGCGCUUCACAGGAGCAACCACAUGACAAUUUAGCCCGUGCUGACGGCUGGCACAGAAGUAAUAAAAGUGAAAUGAUGUCUGCAUUGGGAUUGGGAGAAGACGAGGAUGAAGACUCACCUUGGGAUUCUGAGAGUCUCUCCGAGAGUGUGUCACUGGACGGCGUAGCUCCCCUGUCUGGGACUGAAGAUCACACAGGAAAAAGGAGAGCGCGCGGACAGAUAGAAGAUGUGACUUAUAUACCUUCCUGCAUGAGCGGAUCAAGAAGCUUUAAGAUGGCUAAGCUAGAGGAGUCCAGAACUGUAGGCAUUCCAGUAGCCCACAUGGAGGCCCCCAGGAGGUGUCCAAUCAUGGAGCCUGCCGCGGAAAGGAGGGCUCCUGUUCUGAACAAAUCAGAGACCGUGGGGAUGAAGGACGUGCAGACUUUCAAACCAGAGCCAGAAACAGUAUCACGAGAAGAGCAGACAAGGCUCAGACGCAGUGAAGACAGCCAGCAAAAGGUUGAAGAAAGGAGAAAGCACAGAAAUAACGAAGCAGAGCCAUCAGGCAAUCUGUACGCCGGUGCGGCUGACUGCGCUGCUGACGGAAACCCACCGAGGGGAAACACGGAUGACCUGCAGUUUCCCGUGAAGGGGAGUGAGGGACGUGGCAGUGGUCCUACCUUGCUUAUGAAGGAAGCAGAGAAAGCGGAGAAUGAGAAAUGGGUAUCCAAAGAGUCUGUUAUGAUGGCCGUGACUGAGAGCGCUGGCUUGCCGACUGGCGGCUCGCUCCAAAUGCAGGAUGGUUCCCGCCUGAGUGACUCGGACCAAAGUGAAUCCAGGCCCGCAAAGAAAACAUCUAAUAAAAAUAACAAGGACAGCAAGCAGACAGCUGCUGUGGACAACCUUGACAACUUAACUGAGUCAUCUGAAAUGUCCUCUGAGGACCAUGAGCUCCAGGGCCCUGACUACGAGAGCAUUUUGUGUGAAAUCGAACAUCUCAGACUGGAGUGUAAAGAUACUGUUAGUCUGUUGAAAAUCCGCGAUGCCGUUUAUUCUUAUAAGAGAUUAAUAGAACUUAAAAGGAGCCACUGCGAGCUACUCACAGGAAAACUGAAAGGAGUGGAAAGCAAAUGUAAGGGACUACAGAAGGAGGUGUCAGAGACGGAAGAAGUGAGGUCACGGCUGGAGCAUGAGAAGCUCGCAUGGGAACAGGAGCUCUGCAGGCUGAGAUUUGCUCUGAAACAAGAGGAAGAGAAGAGGAGAAGUGCGGAUCAGCUUUCCGAAAGGAUGGUGGAGCAGCUUAGAAGGAAAGGAGAGCAGUAUCAGGGCGAGGUGGAAGCCAGACAGCAGCUUGAAGUCUCCCUCAGAAGCCUGGAGAUGGAGCUGAAGACGGUGAGAAGUCACCUCAACCAGGUAUUAGAGGAACGGAAUGAGACUCAGCGGCAGCUUUCCCGAGAACAGAAUGCCAGAAUGUUGCAGGACGGGAUUCUUGCUAAUCACCUCUGCAAGCAAAAGGAGAUAGAAAUGGAGCAGAAGAAGAUGAUUUCCGAGGCUUCUCUUAGUCAUGAAAAAGAAAAAGAUCUAUUGCAGAAAAACCAGAGGCUGCAGGAUGAAGUUGCCGUGUUAAAACUGGAAAUGGACACAAUAAAAAACCAUAACCUGGAGAAGGAAAGGAAGUAUCUUGAGGAUAUUAAGAUUGCAAAUGAGAAAAAUGAUAACCUUCAAAGGAUGAUAAAGCUGAAUGAAGAAACGUUUACAAAAACAAUAUUCCAGUACAGUGGACAGCUUAACAAUCUUAAAACUGAGAACGCGAUGCUGAGUUCCAAGCUGGACAACGAGAAACAAAGCAAGGAGCGACUGGAGACGGACGUCGAGUCGUUCCGGUCGAGACUGGCUUCUGCACUGCAUGAUCACGCUGAAAUCCAGACAGCAAAAAGGGACCUAGAAACUGCUUUCCAGAGAGCAAAGGAUGAGUGGUUUCGUUUGAAGGACAAGAUGAAUUUUGAUAUGUCUAACCUCAGGGAUAGCAACGAGGUCCUCUCCCAACAGCUUUCUAAAACUGAAAGAAAGUUGAAUAGCCUCGAAACCGAGUUUCAUCACACGAAGGAUGAGCUCAGAGAGAAGACGCUCGCUUUGAAGCGUGUGCAGAGAGACCUCAGCCAGACGCAGAGCCAGAUGAAGGAGGUGGAGCACAUGUUUCAGGACGAGCAAGGGAAGGUGAAUAAAUACAUGGGAAAGCAGGAGUCCAUAGAGGAGAGGCUGGCUCAGCUGCAGAGUGAGAACACACUGCUCCGGCAGCAGCUGGACGAUGCCGCCAACAAGGCCGAGAGCAAAGACAGGACGAUAGUGAGCAUCCAAGACCAGUUCCAGGAGAUGCUCAACAGAGUCCAAGCCGAGAGUCAGAAGCACAGCCUAAGGCUGGAGGACAGAAAUCAGGAGUUAAUCAUCGAGUGCAGCCAUCUGAAAGAAAGAAUGUGUCAGUACGAGAAUGAGAAAGCAGAAAGAGAAGUAGCCGUGAGGCAACUUCAGCAAGAACUGGCCGAUACCCUAAAAAAGCAGUCCAUGUCAGAGGCUUCGCUAGAGGUUUCCUCCCGUUACCGCAGCAGCCUAGAAGAAGAGGCCAGAGACUUAAAGAAGAACUUAGGUCAGCUCAGAAGUCAGCUGCAAGAGGCGCAGGACCAACACAGAGAGGCUGUUCAGCGCGCUGAGAAGAUGCAGGACCACCUACAAAAGCUUGAACUUGAAAAUUCCAAGUUCAAAAUUACAAUAAAAACGCAAUCAGAGGAAAUUGAACAACUUCAGGAAAACCUGUCAAAUGGGAAUUUGUCUGAAGAGGAUCAGGAAAAACUGAAGAAGCUUACGGAGUUGAAAGAGUCCCUGGAAUAUACUUUGGAUCAAGAACAGAAGAGAAGCGAUGCAUUAGAAAAGGAACUGACAGAAUUUAAGGAAGUCUUAAAAAUGACCAAAAAAGAAUUAAAUGAAUAUGAAAACAGAGAACUUCAUCCUCAUCAAGAUAUGAAAAACAGUCAACUUGAAAUGGAUAUCCCAGUUAAUGCACUAGUAAAAAAGAUUGAUGAUCUUACAGAAAAACUGGAGACUGCAUCUUCAAAAUGUCUACAUCUGGGUAAAAGAAAUCAGCUGCUUCAGCAAGAACUGCUGCUGAUGAAAACUCUACAGAAGAAGUGCAGGAAGCUCGAGAAGAGUAAAAGGAAACUGGAGCAGGAGGUGGCGAGCCUCAGGAGCCACAUGGAGGAGAACAUGGUGGAGCACAGCCGAGUGCAGCAGUACGCGCGGGAGGUCGAGGAUCGAGCGAGGCAGGACUUGGUGGAAAAGUUAAAACAGGUCAACCUCUUCUUGCAGGCUCAAGCAGCGUCUCAGGAAAACUUGGAGCAGUUAAGAGAGAACAGUAAUGCUUCGCUUAGAAGUCAGAUGGAGCUCAGGAUUCAAGACCUGGAAUCCCAGCUCUGCAAAAUGAAAGCCCAGGAAGACUUCGACAAAAUAGAACUAGAAAAGUACAAGCAACUCUACCAGGAAGAGUUCAGAGUUAGAAAAGCGUUGUCCAGUAAACUAAACAGGACUUCUGAGAGGCUGGAGGAGACCAGCACCAAGCUGCUCCUGGAGGAGCAGCAGAACAGGUCUCUGCUGAGCUCUCUCAGUACGAGGCCUGUUGUAGAGUGUCCCUGUGUUGGAAAGCUUCAUAAUAGUUUGGUAUUCAACAGAACUCUUAUUCCAAGAGAAAGCCUAGCGGUUCCUACCUCAGGCCUACAGCCAUCAAAUAAAAGAGUGGAGAUCUUCCUGACCAAGAUGCAUCAAGAGUUGGAAAAAAGUAUAAAUAGAGAACUUAAAGAAGCCACUGCUGAACUUGAAUCUGAGUUCUGCAGAGUUUCUCCCCUUGGGUCUGCUACCAAACCCAGCCAAGAUCUACUCUCAGAAGCAUCGCAAGAAUAUAUAGACAUUUUAAAGAAAAAAUACAUGAUCUGCUGAAUGUAAAAAGAGAAAAAGGAAGAAAAGGCAUGAGAGUAGAAGUGGACUGUUUGGGAGGAGGACCAAAGACAAAGAGGACCAGAGAAGAUAAAGGGCAUGUGCCAGGUGUGUCCGAAAUGUCUCAACGCCCUGGCUGUGGUGGCACGUGUCUCCGACUCCAGCACUUGGGAAGCAGAGGCAGGUAGAUCUCUGAAUUCAAGGACAGUCAGGGCUACAUGUCUUACACAGAAAAAUAAAGUCGUAAUGAACCAACUAUCUUAUACAAAUAAUACAAGUUAAUAUAUGUGAUCUAAAGUGUAACAUUGUGGGCUGGAGAGAUGGCUCAGUGGUCAAGAGCACCAAUGGCUCGUCCAUAAGUCCUGAGUUCAAUUCUCAGCAACCACACAGUGGCUCACAACCAUCUGUAAUGGGAUCUGGUGUCCUCAUAUGACAUGCAGGGUUACGUGCAGAUAGAGCACUCAUAUACAAAAAAUAAAUAAAUCUUUAAAAAAGAAAACAAAGAUAUGAACAUUUAUUAAAAUAAACUAAAACAUUAUAUUUAUUAAACUGUUUAUAUAUUUUAAUUGUAAUAACUGUAUGACUUGAAAACACAAGUGAAAAAAUGUUUUUGUCAUUCAUACUAGAAAUUAAUAUAAUUAAUAUAUUUACCUGAGUUUUUUGGUAGUCUUACGCAGAUUUUGCAAGUAUUAUUAAACCAGUAUUACAAACUUUUACAUACAAAAACACUGUAAAGCAAGUGUUUAAACAACCAGGAUACUUGGUGGGAAAUAUCUUUGUGUUUUUAUUUUUAUCACUGUGUAUGGGCCAAAAGAUUUAGCCAGACGUCGGUUUCGUAUGCUGCUGCCUUAGCCACUGUUAAUGUUUUAAAUGUUUCACAGCCAUGGUAUCACCGUGAAACUUAACUUUAAGCACUGAUAGUUCUUGAUCCUGUGGAAAAGCACGGUUACCUAAGGCUUUCCACUCUUCUGUUUAUUCAUCUGCUUGUUCAUCCUUAAUUUUUUAAGUCAUAAAAUUAGAAGUUCAAAUAAUUCUCCUCUCUUCUGAACCUGCUGAGAGAGCCUUGCCGCCAUCCAUCGUCAUCCUUGACUAUUUUAGUGUUUAUUUUAACGGACAACCCUCUAAGUAACUGUAGUGGCCUUUGUGAUAAGAAGGCUAACACUCCUACAUCCUAAAGUUUAAUCCUCAGAUUCCUUUCCAGUGUGGCUUCUUAGCUACAGCGUCCUUUAAUAAAGACUAGACCCAUUCAGACUGAUGGGUCCCAGUUACUGACAGUUCCUAGACUCCUUCAAUCUGAAACAUUGUUCAGUCUUUGCUUGACUUUCAUGACCUUAAAACUUCAAGGAACAAUUUGUGUAAUAUGUCCUUGAAUUGAAUUUUCUGUUUCGUUAUGAUUAAAUCAUGCAUUCUUGGCAAAAGUAUUACAGAGGUAAUUUUUCUCAUUUAAUCCUAUUAUGUGAUCUAUAAUACUGAUUUUUCUCUGUUAUUAUGAUGUUGAUAUUGAUCACUAAAGUAGUUACCUACUGUUUUUCCUCUAUAUAUUUACUUUUGUUUUGUAAUAAUUGUUUUGUGGAGAGAUAAUUUGUGACUGUAAAUAUCUGUUUCUUAUCAAACCUACAAAAUAUUCAUUUGCUAAUAUUCAUGUAGAAUAAUGAUUCUUCAUUUUGUUUAAUGAGAUAUAAGUUGUUGAUAACAAAUUAUUUUUAUAUUUUAAUAAAUUAAAUUUUGAGAAUUUCAUA